AUGACAUCCAAGGGAUCUCGGAAGAGAGUGAAGACCAGCCCCUCCGGCGUGGACACACCAGACACACCAGACACACCUGAUGGUCGAGAUCGUUCAGACUCCCAGACGCGAGGACGCAAUGCUAACUGGUAUCCUGGAAGCUGGUCGUCCGUCGCAAGAGUCCCCAAAGCAGCCCCAGUUACCGAGGUUGCCCGUGAGAGCAUCUCAGCCGCCAAAUCUGUAGCCUCGACCGCUAUGAACUCAUCGGCUUCUCUGCUUGACACACCUCCCAAAAAGCGAAACCCAUCUCUUCAACUCACUCGAAAAGCAGGCGCUUCGACCAGAUCCCUCCCCGCUGGCGCUACUACUACGCGAGUCAACAUUGCAUCAGACGGAUCGGCUUCCACUACAGACAUUGGCGAUAAAAGUGGUACUAGUGCCGACAAAUCUGUAACAUCCGAUAAAGAAGCCUCUGGGGAUAUCAAUAAGCCUGUGGCAGAAGCGGUCCAAGAACAGGAGACUGCCCAAGGCACCACUCCGAGCACGGUGCCCACGGAAUCUGCAGAAAGCACAGAGCAGCCUGGUGGCUGGCUAUCAUGGAUUUAUGGUUCAUCGGAUGCAAGUAAGGUUACUACGAGCGCUCCGCCAAUCGCAGAAACACAGGAGCGCCAGUCAACCGGCCAAACAACAGAGCAGGGUGCUCAGUCUGCCGCGAAAGAGCUGACCCGGGAACCGGAAGAAGCACCGGGGCAAGAGCAAAGCAAAGAUACGAUUGAGAUCACACCUACGGCGCAUAAGCGAUCGUGGCUUCAGAUGUGGUACGGUACGAACACACCAAGUAGCCAACAAGAGCCAUCAUCCGCAGCUUCUACAGCCGUGCCUCCUGCUGGUGACGAUACCGUCGAAGAUUCCAGCUCGAAUAUGGCACCCAGAGACCCAGCCAAGGGUCAAGGAGAGGCCAACGGUGGCUCGCAAACCCCAGUCACAACUACGAGAUCAUCCGGUUGGUCGUUUUGGUCGAAAGACACGAGCAAAGGUGGUCCCUCAGAUAUACCUCAAACUGGCGAAGCAAUUGAGGCUUCGGUUGAACCAAACACACCAUCAAAGAGUACCGAACUUGAACCGGACACAGAUGCCAAUGUGAAGAUCACCCACACGGGUAGCAUCAGGGUCAAACCACCGAAAGACAGUCAUUCCAAAGACGGAUCCGUGACUACUUCUGAUCUGCCGCCCGUUGAGCCUCGUCCGGCUGAUAUAACUGCGUCCAAACAAUUGCAGAAAAUUCUACCAAAUCAAGUUCUGCCCAAUUUCCAAGAAACGUACGCUUUCGAGGAAUCGCCCUCAAUCUUGCAGAGCCUUGGUCGGUACCUGCAUUACAGUAAAGGGCAGGACAUUCGACAUGUCAGCAGGGUCAGAGAACCACUGCAUGUGAAGCGUGCCUUGGCGAUUGGCGUGCAUGGCUACUUCCCCGCCCCUUUCAUUCGAAGUGUACUGGGGCAACCAACGGGGACGUCCAUUCGAUUCUCCAACAUGGCAGCAGACGCCAUCCGAAAGUACACAGAGAGCCACGGCUACUCUUGCGAGAUUGAAAAGAUCGCCCUUGAGGGAGAAGGCCGCAUCACAGAGCGGGUGGAUCUUCUGUGGAAGUUGCUUCUCAAUUAUAUGGAAGAGAUCCGGAAGGCUGACUUUGUGAUGAUCGCUUGCCACAGUCAAGGUGUUCCAGUAGGAAUCAUGCUAGUCGCUAAGCUAAUACAGUUUGGCUGUCUCGAUGGCAAACGGGUGGGAAUUUGCGCCAUGGCGGGCGUGAACCUUGGACCCUUCCCAGACUACCGAUCUCGAUGGAUUAGCGGCUCGGCUGGUGAGCUUUUCGAAUUCGCUCUUCCGUUCAGCAAAGUCUCAAAAGAAUAUGAGUCUGCUUUGAAAUGUGCACUAAAUUUCGGUGUUCGCAUAUCUUACAUCGGAAGUAUUGAUGAUCAGCUUGUGUCUUUGGAGUCCUCUCUUUUCUCGCCUGUAGCUCAUCCUUACGUCUACCGCGCUGUUUUUGUGGAUGGUCGAGUCCAUGCCCCCAGCUUUUUAUCGCAUUUAGUCGGGUUUGCUCUCAAGCUUCGCAACCUAGGCAUCUCAGACCACGGUCUGAUCCGCGAAUUGAGCACUCCUCUGGCAGGCAGCCUAUACACAGGCGAAGGACACUCCCGGCUAUAUGACGAUGAAGCCGUUUAUUCAAUGGCUAUCGAGUUCGCCCUAGAGACUUCUUCUGUCCCAGACUCUGCUGUCAGCGUCAAGCGAGCCAUGGGCUCUGUGACGCCAAACCCGUACAUUCUGCCAUUCGCAAUGCGGGGUCUCUUGGAAGAAGAAUAUGUACGGCGCGAAAUGAACGAUGAGACGAUGGAGUUACUCAAGCAGUUUGAUGACUGGAAGCCUUCGAGUAAAGUAUUGAAAGAUGUCAAGUUCCGCCUAGAGGGUAUUCGGUCUAAACUAUAG